AUGCCAUUUACGUUUUAUCGGAUUUCUUGUAGCCGCCUACCACUCCCAGUCUUCUAUUAUAUUAAUAUAAUAUUGACUAUAGUUACGCAUACCGGCCACACGCCAACGGACCUUUCAGUCUUAGGCAAUCCCGUUAUUCCCCCAAUUACUCCAUCCAAUACCUUCGAGCAACUGGCGCCGGCCGCUGGAAAAUACGACUACUCCAGGUCGGGGAAUUAUUCACGACAUGUUCUUGAAAAUUGUCUUGCGGCAAUAGAAGGCGGUUAUACAGCCCUUACAUUUGCUUCUGGCUUGGCUGCUUUAGGUGCAGUUACACAACUGCUAUCAUCCGGUGAUCACGUAGUGGCUUUCGAUGACCUAUAUGGAGGAACUGGUCGUUUCUUCCGCAAAAUAUCAUCAAAGCAUGGUGUGAUUUUCGAUUUUGUCGAUAUGCGUGAUCCAAACCUGUUUGAAGCGGCUCUCACACCGAAAACAAAGAUGGUUGUCCUAGAGACCCCUUCAAACCCUCUCAUGCGUCUUGUCGACAUUGCUGAAAUUUCGAGAGUGGCGCAUAAUUACGACAAAAACAUUAUUGUGGUAGUUGACAACACACUUAUCACACCAUAUUAUCAACGACCCCUGGAACUCGGCGCCGAUCUCUCACUGAACUCUCUCACAAAAUAUAUUAACGGAAUGAUCAUCCUCUGUUUUAUUUACUCUGUCAAAAGUUUUGAUCGGCUUUAUAAUCACUUUGACUUAGUUGAUAUUGCUCGUUACCGUCAGAACAUUACACUAAUAUACCUUAUCAGUGAAAAAAAUCUGCAUUUUGCUUCUUUGGGAAGUGACGUACCGACAUUUUUUUCAGGUCACAGUGAUGUUGUGAUGGGCGCAGUUGCUGUACGUAAGGGAUUGCCAGACUUGGUUCGUGCACUUCAAUUCAUCUUAUUUGCGGCGGGUGCCGUGCCCUCUGUCUUCGACUGUUAUCUCUGUCUUCGAGGAGUUCGGACCCUGGCCAUCCGCAUGCAGAUGCACAUGCGUUCCGCCCUCACUCUUGCCACCCUCCCCAAAAAACACCCUAAAGUGGAGACGGUAAUUCAUCCUGGUGAGCAUUCCAUUUUCUAA